GCUUUCAAAACCAAAACCAAAAACACAUUUAAAGCAACUACUAGUACAAAUGCUUCGUAAUAAAUCACCAAAGGAAUUGAUCAAUAUAUCACGAAACUUGGUUCAACCUCUCCUCCCCCACUUCCACAAAGGUCAAUCAGGCAAGGUCACUGUAAUAGGAGGCAAUGAGGAUUACACAGGAGCUCCGUUCUUUGCUUGCCAUUCAGCAGCAUUAGUAGGUGCUGACUUAUCCCAUGUUAUAUGUGAGCGCCAUGCUGCCCCCGUUAUCAAGUCAUAUCUGCCUGACUUGAUGAUUCAUCCAUACUUGUAUGAUUUGGAUAAUCCUGCUAUCAAAUUGGCACAAGCGGAAAUCGACCAAUUGAGAAAAACCCCUUUGAAGGAUGUGAUAACUGAUGGAGCCCUACUAAAUUCUAUAAUUGAUGAUUUGGUUAUGCCGAAAGUGAAGGGAUUGCUUGCCAGAACCGACAUUGUUGUUGUAGGACCUGGGUUUGGAAGGGAUCCAUUAAUGAUGAAAUCAUUGGUUCGCAUUAUUGAUGAAAUUAAACAGAUGGACUUGCCGAUCAUCCUUGAUGCUGAUUCAUUAUUUCUAAUUUCCAUUUAUCCAAACAUUAUUCUGGGCUAUAAGAAGGCCAUAAUUACUCCGAACGUUGUCGAGUUUGAUCGUAUUGCAAAGACAUUGGGAAUUGACUCAAGCAUAUCUGAACAAAACGUCAAUACACUUAUUGAAGAAACGCAAACCAUGAGCAAGAAACUAGGAGUCACUGUGAUCAGGAAGGGAAGACAAGAAGUCAUUGCCUACCAGGAUACUUAUUUGGUGAAUGACUUCUCAGGAUCUAGUAGAAGAGUUGGCGGACAAGGCGAUACCCUUACAGGAUCACUAGCUACGUUUGUCAACUGGUCAUAUAACUAUCUUGACAAAGUAUGGGACACAAAGGGAGAUAUUCUGGAGGGUGAUGCCCAAGUUCUUGCAUGUUAUGCUGCAUGCUCACUUGUAAGAAGUUCAGCGGCCAAGGCGUUUGCCAAGCAUGGAAGAGCGAUGCAGACUACAAACGUCCAUGAAUGCUUACCUACUGCAUUCGCUGAACUAUUUGAAAGUAACCAAAAAGCAAAUAUUUAGUGUAUAUUAAUAUAUCAUCAUGUAUAUCACAUAUGUCUCGGGGAGGAGGAGGGGGGGAUAGUUUUACCUAAUUGAGGGGCAAUCUAUCACGUGACGAUUUUUUAUUUUUCCCCACUAAAGAUAAAUCCCGAGGGUAAUAAAUUUAUCACUUGUAAAUUUAAAUUUAUCAGCAAUCGUCAGCUGUUCUUUCUCCAGCAAUACAUCUUUAAAGUAUACUUUUUGAUUAUAUAUAUUUAAUAGAAACACGCUAUAUCAUGGACUCAGCAAGUUGUGGACCUACCAGUGCCCUCCAAAAUCUUUCCAAGCAUGCGCAAAGAGACACCUCACUCCAGCAUCUGCAAUCGAGAAACAUUCAAACCGGAGCCAACCCAAUACAUGGUUUCCGCAGCGGGAAUAUUGAUCCACGGUUGAAUAAUGAUUUCCAGAGGUUUAAUCAAAGUGGGGAUAUUGGUGGACAGGCUUUCAUGAAUAAUGUUCGCUUGCAAACUGAACUGCCUCAAAUACAAGGACAACCCCAAAUGAUGGGUCAACCCGGGUGGGUCAAUGAUUUUUCAAACUUAUCGAUUAACAAAUCCACACAGCAGCACCCGAUCCAGUCAAAUGACUGGCAACAGCAAUUUAUGCAAAUUCGUCAGCAACAACAGGCCCAACCUCAGGCGCAGGUAGCACAAGGAUCACAAAUAACACCUGGUUACAUGAGUGGGCGACUUAAUUAUGGAAUGAAUAGCAUGGUCCAAUCUCACCCUGUAUAUGAACAACAAUCGGAACAUCAAGAAGUUCACAAGAUGGAACAGCAACAGAAGCAAUUUGAGAGUCAAUUUGAUAUGAUUGAACAAGAACUCAUGGCACAAGCAAGGACUGCAGAAACAGACGCGGUUGAGAUUGAGAUUGCUGAUAGUAACAAUGCCAAAGAUAAAGAGGAGUUUGCACAGACAGCUAGAAAAGUCCAGUCGGCGAUGUUAAGUGCCAAUUCCCAAGACGAAGAGAUGCAAAACAAAAUUAAUAACUCCAGCUUCUUAAAGUUGAUGAAUUCCAUUGGUAAUAGGCACGUCGAGUUGGAAGGAGAUAAGCUAGUCGAUGUUGCCUCGGGACAGGAUAUUCGCGAACAACAACAAAACCAAGAAGACAUUGCUAGUGCAGCUCCACGAACUCUUGAUAACCAUUGCAUCGUCGACAAUCCAGUGCAUCAUGAUGGAUGGGUGCAAGAUGGACAGAUAAACCUCCAACAACAACGGGCCCAGAGCUCUGAUGUUAAAGAUCCAGCUCAUGAAAACAAGUUGCCUGACCCUUUAGCCCAUAUUAAGGAUGGACAAUUGGAGGAUAUAAAUGAUCCAUUUACAGCUGCUAGAAUCAUCAGUGGUGGCCAAGUACAAGCAAAUGAUUGGAUGGAUGAUGUAGACUGGUUAGACCAAACUGUUCCUGCACCACAUAUAAACCGUAUGAUGCAAGAGCUGUAUGAUGAUUAUCGGCAUGAAGAUGACUUACAAUAGUCCUGUAGAUUGGUUGUAUUUGUAUCAUCGGGGACACAUGUGAGGUACAGGAAUUACGUCAUGGGCUAAGAAAUGUUAUAGUUUGUGUCAAACAAACGGUCAAAUAAUUAUAUAGUAAUGAACAAGACAAA